AUGCACACGCGCAGCCAAAAGCGGAAGAUGGCAGAUGCCGUCAACACAGACGCAUACCAGCCCUUCGACGAGAUCUUCGUAAACACGGUCGAAAACAUCCUCUCCGACGAACACACCUACAACACCAGCUUUGACGAGUACAAACCAAACUUUAUGGGAAUUGGCGACGGCAGAGAAGAAGUGCAGAUGCAAGGGUUAGACGGCGCGCGCGACGACGAGCUUCCAUAUGAGCGGUCUACGAGUACGUCGGAGGAAACGGGUAAUAAUAAUACAAGGAAUGGACGGGCGCGGUCGUCGGGGAAGAAGAAAUCACCUUAUUUCGUGUCGGGGCGUGUUACACGGGCUAAGGCCGCAGCGGCACAGAAAUUGAUUACAAGGAUUGUGGAAGAUCAGAGUGAGAGUGAAACUGAGUUGGGGGUGGAAUCGGAGAUUGCUGCGCCUGUUCAUGAGCUUGAGCCUGAGCUGGAACCAGAAUCUGAGCCUGCACCCGAACCUGCGCCUGCACCUGCGCAUGAGCCUGGCCCUGAGCUGGAGCCAGAACCGCAGCCGGAGCCAGAGCCAGAGCUUGCACCUGAACCCGAACCCGAACCCGAACCUGUACCCGAGCUUGCGCCUGCGCCUGUGCUCGAACCUGAGCCCGAGCCCGAGGCAGACGCCAUGAAUCUCGACAGGGCGGAUCAUGACGGCGAAAUGGAAAUAGACCCUGUUCCUGUCCCUCAGAAUGACGGCACCCACGAGACCGGAACCGACAAUCUAACCUUCGACGACGAAGCUGAGCUCCCGGAAGACAGAAUAUUGGCAUUUCUCGGACCGGAUCAGCAAUUUAAGUUGCUUGGAUUCAUAGAGUCGCAUCCUUUCAUGAAGGGGCAUGGAUAUCCGGUUGGACGGUGCGCCAGGCGACGGUUUGUGGGCGAUGUGCGUGGGAAAGCAAGUGCGGUGGGAUUGCAUCAGUCUGCCAUCGACGCGCUAGUGAGGUUUAUCAGAAGGAUCUAUCUCGAGACCUGGGCGGAAGGACAUGGUGUCGACGACGAUCUUUCGGAGUUCGGAGAGGAGUUUGACGAAGAUGAGGCUUUGCCCAAGAAGGAACAGAAGAGGAAGAGAUGCGCUGAAAAGGACAAGGAUAAACCCAGGAAGAGCAAGAAAGAGAGGCGAUCCAGGCCAGAGAACGGCACGACCCAGGCUGAGGUUAAUAAACCCGAAAUGAUCAACAUUGAAGAUACAGCGAGCGUUUUGCCAAAUCACGCGCCUCAGGUAAUUGUGGAUGAUGAUCUGAUAGCUAUCGCUGCACCCAAGUCGCCAGAGUUUACCAAGAAGAAUGCUGCCUCGAAACAUGAGUCCAACCACGACAGUACUGCUCCUGCUUCGACCCACAGAAGUCCCAGCAAGGGCAGAUACUCUGAUCUGGGAUCAGAAGCGGACCCGAUUCCUCUUGAUAACGAUGUCGAAAACAAACCUGAUACACGGACUGCCACUGAAACAGAUGCUCAGAAAUCUACUGCUGCGGUUCAACCAACUCAACCGACACCCCUCCCUGAGAGAAUCUGUCUGAACGGCAAACUUCAUGAAGAGAACCAUCUUGCCGAAUCGGACCUACCCCUACGGAAUCACCUAAUUUCUCUUGAUGACGUUGACAUCAAUAAUGUGGACGAUAUCGACAAAUCGGAGGCCAGUGAGGUAGCUAUUGCUUCUCCCAAGCCACCAAAAUCGACACUGAAACCAAAGAAGAAUGGAAGAAAGCCCCAUACAGGUGUUCACAACGUCACCGAGAAGGAUACUCCCAAGUUUGAUCUUAAUAAUGAAGCGAUCGCCGUUGUUGACCCCGCGGUGUUUGAGCCGAAGACGAAAAAGACGCGGGCAGAAAGAGAGAGACAAAGGGUUCCAGAUGUCGACGAGAUUCUUGCCACCUCGACUCUGCCCGGUGUGAUGUCGGCGGAGGAGAAGAAAAGAGAAAAGAAUCGACGCAAGCGUCAGAAGCGAAAGCAAAAAAAGCGACAUUUGAAACAAGAGCAGUCUGGUUAUCAGUCUGGAAGACAGCUUGAGAAGCCCCAAACUGAGGCCAGGGAGAAUGCUGAAAAUCACCGUCCGAUUCCGGACUACCCUGAAGACGAUCCAAUGGAUUAUUCAAACAUCUUGGAGGAUCCGCAUUGGGACUUGGAUUUAUAG